GGAACAGCACCGGGGCACGUGCGAGCGCGACAAGGGAGGAACGGCAGCCUCGCGCACUCGCUGCCUGGAUGAACUCGACCCGCUUGCACUCUCAGCGCAGCCCAUCAUGGGGGAUGGUGGCUCGCCGCCGCCGGUGAACUUCCAGAAUGGGACGGGGGGCACGGAGAGCGGCGCGGCGGACGCACCGGACGCUGCUGCGGGCGCGUCCGAGGAGUGGAUGGCGGGGAUGAGCUUGGUGAUGGGGUUCAUCGUCCUGACCAUCGUGUUCGGGAAUAUCCUGGUCAUCGUGGCCAUAGCCAGGAACCAGAGGCUGCAGACGCUCACCAACGUGUUCAUCGUGUCUCUGGCGAGCGCGGACCUCAUCAUGGGGCUGCUCGUGGUGCCAUUUGGCGCAGCGCUCGAGGUCCGCGGCUCGUGGCUCUACGGCUCCUUCUUCUGCGAGUUCUGGAUCUCCGUGGACGUCCUCUGCGUCACCGCCAGCAUCGAGACACUGUGCGUUAUCGCCAUAGACAGGUACGUGGCCAUCACCUCGCCUUUCCGGUACCAAAGCUUGUUAACCAAAGCCCGGGCCAAGGCGGUGGUGUGCGUGGUGUGGGCCAUCUCUGCCCUGGUCUCCUUCUUGCCCAUCCUGAUGCACUGGUCCCGGGACAGCGUGGACACAGCCUGCUACGAGGACCCCGAAUGCUGCGACUUCGUCACCAACAGGGCAUAUGCCAUUUCAUCAUCUAUUAUAUCUUUUUACAUUCCUCUGCUGGUCAUGAUAUUUGUCUACGCUCGGGUGUACAGGGAAGCGAAAAAGCAGCUAAGGAAGAUAGACAAAUGCGAGGGCAGGUUUCAUAACAACCUGAACGGCGUGACCUCCAAGUUCAAAAUGAACAAGAAGAGGCCGUCUAAGAUCCUGGCGCUCAGGGAGCAGAAGGCGCUCAAGACGCUGGGCAUCAUCAUGGGGACGUUCACGCUGUGCUGGCUGCCCUUCUUUAUAGUCAACGUGGUGCGGGUGUUUUGCGCCGAGGUGGUGGACAAGGAGCUUUUCGUCUUCUUAAACUGGCUGGGCUACGUCAACUCGGCCUUUAAUCCCAUCAUUUACUGCCGGAGCCCGGACUUCAGGAAGGCGUUCAAGAGGCUGCUGUGCUGCCCGCGGCAAGCCGACCGCAGGCUGCACAUCAGCUCGUGCGACCUGUCCCGGUGCUCCGGGGGCUUCGUCUCCGCUCUGGAGCCCGGCACCGGCAUGUGGCCAAACUGUGCCGAGCUGGACAACAGUGACAGCAGCAUGGAUGGUAUUGCAAAACUGUCUCAUUCUGAAUCACAAUUGUAAGAAAAAGAAAGGAAAAAAAAAACAACAACUUUUUUUUAUAUCCCGGGGCGGGUCUGGAAGAGCUGAAUAAAGGGCGUUGACUUUUUGAGCAUCGAGAAAAACACCUGCUUCGACGAAUCGGGUGGAGAAUAGCAAGGUAUGGACAUUUAAUUGCCAUACCUUUUUUCAAUACACCCCAAUGAAGGUGAAAAAUUAAGAAAAACUUCCCAGAUAGUUUUUUUUUCCCUUUUUCGGAAGCCAUAUCUUUAAACACAUCAGGAUCAAUGAGCUGCAUGAGCUGCUGCAGGAUGCUUUUGUGUAUCCCAAUAAUAUAUCUUCUCCUCUUGACCCCAGGAAUUUAUUCCACAUUAAUGGGUAUUUUGGUGGCAAAUGAAACUACAUGCAGGAACUCGGCCACAAAGUAGGUUUCAGUGAUUUGCCCCAUGUCCUGAAGUGCAUAUAGUCUAAAUGGCAUGCCCAGUGCAGCCACUUUGGACGGCCCUGUAUCACUUUAUUCAUGUCUGGUUUGUUUCUUAGCCACUGGCUGCAACAGACAGUGCAAAAUGCAGCUCAGUAGUGUCGUGAUAGCAGUGGAGGUAACCUUCAAUUUGCCCUAAAGGCCACUAAUAGGAGUCACAGUUUCCUCCACGUCAAGAGACAUGAUAGCCACCCAUGACGCCCCAAAUGCUCAGGCAUAAUCUACUGUAAAAUUAAAAUAUAACAUUAGGAGUUAUUUUAAAGUGUAAGAGUAUUGGUCACUGGCAAGGCAUUUGUUGGAAUGACUCUUUUCUGAUUGUAUUCUUGUGGUGUUCACUGUGUUUUUACCAUAUAGCCAAUGGCAAGUGCAAAUUGUACUGAAGGGUAUUUGUUUAUAUUAAACAUUUAUGUAAAAUAGACAUGUAUUUAUUCUGCGCUUUUUUACAACAAAGUAAGUUAUGGGCACAGGUGAAUGUGGCGGGUUCAGCAGGGCGUUUUCCCACGCCCUUUGUACAUAAUAAUUGUUCUUUUAGUACAGAGGUGAGGAAUUUGGAUAAACUCACAGUCUGUAUGUCUGCCUCUCUCUCUCUCCCAUUCAAGCUUACAUGCUAUUGUAA